AUGAACACUGCACCACCUUCUGGCAACACGGGAACCGCUGACCAGGUCCUCCCUUCCCAACAGCAACAACAACAACCACAUCGUCAUCACCAUAAUGCCAUCGACGAUAUGCUGAACGACGAGGCCGUCGAGGAGGCCGACCAGGCCAUCGAACGUGGCGAAGAGGCCGACAGCAAGCAUCGCCUCGGAUUGGAGGACUCCCAAAACGUCCUCACCAACCGUGCGAACAGCAGCUAUGCCGAUAGCUUGGGACUGGAUCACACCAACACACUUUCCAACCCUCCUUCGUACGACCAGACGUUUGGAAAUCGGUUGAGGUGCCACGGCAAGAUCAUGCGGCACCAUGGGAACAACAAGGUCACCAACGUCGAACUCUUCUUCGAUCUCGUCUUUGUUUACGCAAUCAGCGCGAUCUCUGAGGCAAUGGUUGAGCACCUCACCUGGCAAGUCGUCCUCCAGUCAUUGCUCAUCACCCUCGCUGUCUGGUGGGCCUGGGUCUUCAGCGCUUGGGUCUUCAACUGGUUCAACCCUGACUCGUACCUUGUCCGUCUUCUCCUGCUGUCCUUGAUGUUGGUCAACCUGAUCAUGUCUGCCGCCAUCCACGGUGCAUUUGGUGACCAGAGUCUCCUAUUCGCAGGAAUGUAUGUCUUGAUCCAAGUCGGACGCAACCUCGCCGCCGUGGUCGCGUUGCAUAAACACAAGCUGCAAAAAAACUUUAUACGGAUGACGUUCUGGUUCGUCCUCACGGGAAUCCUUUGGAUUGUUGGAGGAGCGAUUGGAGGAAUCACCAGGAAUGUCCUCUGGACGGUCGCGAUUGUGUUUGAGUAUAUUUCUGCGGCUGCGGGGUUCUAUACCCCUGGUCUUGGCCGCUCUAUGACCACCGACUGGGAGAUCCAUGGAGGACACCUUGCUGAACGUUGCUCGUUGUUCAUUAUCAUUGCGUUGGGAGAGUCGAUCGUCGUGACAGGAGAGGCAUUCAGAGAACACAUCCACGAUCCAGCAGUCGUCGGGAUGUUUAUUGUCUCGUUCUUGGGCGCCGCAGCCAUGUGGUGGAUCUACUUCCACACCGCAUCCGACGAAGCCAUCAACUACAUCGAGCAAUCCAACGACCCCGGUAAGAUGGGCCGUAUCGCCUACACCUACAUCCACGCACUUAUGGUCAUCGGAAUCAUCUGGUGCGCGGUCGCCGACAGAAUCAGUAUGGAAGCACCCUACGAAAUCCCGCAUCACGAGGACGAGCAUGGAUCCGGGAUGAUCAAGGUUGCAGUCAUGAUUGGUGGACCCGCCCUGUUUGUGUUGGGUCAUGCGUUGUUCCGUCGGGCGUUUUGUUCAAGACUUUCGUGGGCUCAUUGGGUCACCAUUGCGGCUUUUAUUUGCGCGACGCCGAUUGGUAUUUUCUGUCCGCUCUGGGCGACUGCGCUGACGACGACGACGAUCUUGUUGUUGUUGGCCGGGUAUGAGUCGUUCUUUAGAUCUAAGAUCCUGCCUGCUGUUUCACUCCAACAGGUCCAUGGGGAGGUGUAA